AUGCGUACUGUUGCUGUUAUUGGCCAGUGUGCUGUGGUGGCUGACUCAAGCUUGAGGAUUGAGUGUCUUCUGCCUCAGGCUGUAAGGAUGCUGCUGUUUGUUCUGCUCGCCCUCGGUCACGCCACCCAGGGUUUACCUAAUGUUGAUGACGUCACCAUUCCACCUUGGGUGACCACUACAACUGAGGCAUCUAGAUCAUUGGGACCUGUAGACUUGGACGUACAGCUACCUCGAUCCAUUAAGCCGCUCCAUUAUGUGGUCAAACUUCAACCCUUCAUUAAUGGCAACUUCAGCAUCGUCGGCUAUAUGGAGGUGGAUAUGGAGGUUCUGAAACCCACUUCCAACAUCACUCUCCACAUAUCGGAUAUCAUCACUAAAAACGACACCGUAAAAGUAGGUAUGAGCUUCAAUAUACUAUUGGCCGCUCCAUUAUGUGGUCAAACUUCAACCUUCAUCAAUGGCAACUUCAGCAUCGUCGGCUACAUGGAGGUGGAGAUGGAGGUUCUGGAACCCACUUCCAACAUCACUCUCCACAUAUCGGAUAUCAUCACUAAAAACGACACCGUAAAAGUAGGGAUGAGCUUCAAUAUAGUUUCAGAUCAAGCAACAUCCCGAGGCUUGAGGAUCAAGAAACACGAGUAUGACCAUAGUCGUCACUUUUACAUUGCCCAUUUGAGGAAAGAGCUCCAGAAGGGAAAAAGGUACAUCCUGUCCAUGGAGUUCCUUGGUUAUCUUAAUAAUAAGCUGCAUGGCUUCUACAGAGCGACCUACAAGGAUAAAUGCGGCUGCGACCCAGUUCCAGCCCACCGCCGCCCGCAAGGCCUUCCCUUGCUUCGACGAGCCGCACUGAAGGCAACCUUUGAAAUUCACCUCGCAAGGGAAUCUUGGAUGACGACCCUCUCCAACAUGCCCAUUGCCGAAACGGUGCCUGUUGAAGGACAGGAGGGAUGGAUGUGGGAUCGUUACGAGAAGAGUGUCCCUAUGUCCACUUACCUGGUUGCCUUCGUCGUGUCCGACUACGUUCAUAUCAACUCGACCGAGAAUGACCGUGUAGAUUUUCGAGUGUGGGCACGACAAGAGACCAUAGAUCAAGCAGAAUAUGCAAAUGAGAUAGGUCCCAAGAUCUUGUGUUUCUUUGAAGAUUAUUUCAACCUAUCUUAUCCCCUCCCGAAGAUGGACAUGAUUGCAUUAACCGACCUCUCUUUUGGAGGUAUGGAGAACUGGGGUCUAAUAACUUUCAGAGAAAGCCUCUUGUUGUACGACCCACAAGUUUCAACCCCUGCCGAUAAGGCAGUUAUUGCAAAAAUUGUAUCUCAUGAGUUGGCUCACCAGUGGUUUGGCAAUCUGGUGACGCCUAAGUGGUGGGACGACUUGUGGCUCAACGAGGGAUUCGCUACUUAUAUAAGUUACCUUGGAGUAGAUCAUGUGGAACCAACGUGGAAGGCAAUGGAAGAAAUCGUCGUUGAAAUAGUCCAUCGUGUGUUCAAUCUAGACAGCCUGGAGUCCUCCCACAGGAUCAACAUUCCCGUCUCAAACCCGGACGAAAUAUUCGAAGUCUUUGAUGACAUAUCAUACAAUAAAGGAGCGUCUAUCAUCCGGAUGAUGACCCACUACCUCACAGAGCCGACCUUUAGGAAGGGAUUGAACAACUAUCUAAAAGCAUUGUAA